UACUAUCUGAUGGAGUCUUUUUCAAAGCAUGUGGUUAGCCACGCUCCGAUCAUGUACGACUACACUUGCGAAGGCAGAACACCACGUCCCAACUUUGGUCUGUACAAGCCUCUGAAAAAGGGAAAUUUUCCAAAAACCAAUGACGGUAUGCAACACGAUUUGGUCAAUGAUGUCUUGGGAGGAAAAUCGAGCAAAUAUUGCCCAUUCAUUCUACCUGCCGGAAUUGCUAAUGAUGGGACUUUCUACCUGAAGCUGGAUUCAAAGUUUUGGAACGACAGCUAUUGGCAGCUAAAAUAUCUGGUUAACCAGUCGGACUUAAUAGAAGAAAUUGGAUGCCUCAACACGCAAGUACCAGAAGCUCCACCAUUUUGGAAAAGGCAUAUUUGCCUUUUUUUUGUAGAUGGAAAGGAUGUUACCUUCUGUUUACUGGCAACAGACAAAGUGGGACCGUGGUCUGAUAUUGAAGAGACAUCAGCUCCGCUUCGCUUUGACUACCACAACCAUCUGAGAGUCUGCGUGAGAAAAGACACCAUCCAGGAAUUUCAAUUAUGCACAAUGGACAGUACUUUGCUGUCAUGUCCACGACUCCGCAAAAAAUAUAUGUUCAAAGGAGCGGGAAACAAUAUGGACAUGGCCUGCUUGUGUAUAAUUACACUGAGUGUGGAGAAGCUCCAUCAGUUGUGCAAUCUGAACAUCAAUCAUCAAGAGAGUCAUUUGCAAGAUGUUACUCACCCAAUCUUCAAGAAGAGAUCUUCUACUUGUUAAAAACCACGUCUGUCUACGAAACAACGAAGAGGAUACAUCAGGAUCACCACAUCCAUCUGAAUCCUAAGCUGCUGUUGAAUCUGAAAUUACGACAACAUUCCAAUCUUCAAGAUAACAAGAAACGAACAUUAUCUGUCUAGAUUAUACGUUUCCUACCACUUCUUAGUUAUUAUGUUCUGUAGAAUGUAGCAAACGUUUUAUCCCCCUCCCUCUUUAUGAACCUUAUAAACAAACUAAUCUCGUUCUUUUAACUUUUGUUCUAUAUUACUCAUCCUCUUCUGUCUUAUACAUUUUGCUUUUCGACUCUUACCGGUCUUCCUUUUUUAUAAGUAAUUCUGUCCACCCCAAUGAUUAUUAAUUGUAUGAAUUACAUAACGUGAUAAACUGACUCUGGGUC